AUGUCUCUGUUCGGUUCAUCUCCUACGGAAACGGCUCCCCUGAACUCCAAGUCGCUCUUCGGCGACGAGCCCGCGCAGCCGACCCUCGCAUCCUCCUUGUUCGCGGAUGAUGGGGGUGAAUCACCAUGGUCCAUGCCAACUCCUAAAAGGAACGCACGGCAGAACCUUGUGAAAAACCUACUCCCUGCCACCGAUGUCCCCGAUACCUAUGUCGACGCCUACGACCUUGUACUGCACGCAAGCGAAAGGACUGGCGUUGGUAUAAGCUUGACUGCGCUUAGAAGUAUCGUAGAAAGCAGCAAUCUGAGCGAGCAGGAGCAACACAAGAUCCUUAAUUUUGUUGUCCCAGGUGGGCAGGAAAGCGCAAACGGGGUGGGCAGGAGUGAGUUCAACGUCCUGCUGGCCUUGAUCGGAUUGGGCCAGGAGGGCGAAGAUAUCACCCUCGAUGGCGUCGAUGAGCGGAGGCGAAAACUGCCAGCGCCCAAGGUGGGCUACAUAGAGCAACUUCGAGAGGCUGGUCGUCCGCAGCCCAGUCCUCCCACGGCCUCGAAGCCAACCCCUGUAAGACAGCAGAAGCCACGACAAGAAUCCUUCGGCAACGACCCUACCGCAGACCCUUGGGCGAGUCCCUCAAACAAGAGAGUACCGCCUGCUUCUACCGCUGCUCAUACCAUGGCUUCCAAUGGCGUGCCGGACAUUGUUAAAAGCGCCUCACCUCCCAUUGAAAGGACGACAAGUGCAUUCACCACACGGGGGGAACAGGCUGAUAGCAAUGGCGGCUCUCCGAAUGAUAGCGCACCCCCCAGUGCCGGCGCAGGCUGGAACAGUUUCAAUGGCAGUUCGGCAGGCUUCUCCGUGCAGCCGACUCUGGGUGGAGGUUUUGGAGAUGAAGGAGAUGACCAGUCCAAUGGAUCUGGCCAUCGGCGCCAGCCUUCUGCGUCUCAGAAUGUUACGCUCCCUCCGGGCACGGGAGAGAGCGUCACAAUAACCAUGCUCCCUGAGAAAGAGGGAAUGUUUCUCUUUCAGCAUCGCAACUAUGAGGUUACCACCAAACGGAGACGAAGUACAGUUGUCAGACGCUACAGCGAUUUCGUUUGGCUGCUCGAUUGCCUGCAGAAGAGAUAUCCUUUCCGUCGGCUGCCAUUGCUGCCGCCGAAACGAGUUCAAGUGAAUGGUACACAUCUUUCAGCUGAUGCAGCUGUUUUCUUAGAGAAACGCAGAAGAGGCUUGGUUCGAUUCACAAAUGCGCUUGUCGAACACCCCAUCUUGAGCCAGGAGACGCUCGUGGUCAUGUUUCUGACCGUCCCUACUGAACUCGCAGUCUGGAGGAAGCAAGCAACGAUAUCUGUGCAAGAAGAAUUCACGGGCAAGGCUCUUCCUCCGACACUUGAAGACAGCCUGCCGGACACUCUCCCUCAAUUAUUCGAAGAGGUCCGCACUGGCGUUAAACGCUCGGCGGAAAUCUACAUCAACAUAUGUAUUUUACUGGAACGGAUGGUGAAACGCAACGAAGGGCUUGCUGCUGAGAAUGCGAAGUUCAGUACAGCACUUUCGCAUCUUCCGGAAGCCACGGCUUCCACUUAUACUAUCGACACCAACGACGUACCACUUUUGAACGAAGGAAUUAGUUCGACUUCAAAACACCUCUCGACACAUUCGACGCUACUUGACGAUGAGGCGAAAGCGUGGGAUACAGGAGUUCUUGAAGACAUGAAAGCAAUCAGAGACAGUUACGUCUCAAUGCGCGACAUGUUUGACCGACGAGAUAGAUAUGCCCGAGACAAUAUCCCGCAACUCGAAAGGCGCAUUGAAGCGUCCGAGCACAAAUUACAGCAACUGCGACAGAAACCCCCGGGCCAAGUCAAACCUGGCGAGAUGGAGAAAGUCGAGAGUAGCAUCAUGUCGGACAAGGAAAGCAUUGUGCAACAACAUGCCCGGGGGGUAUUCAUCAAGGAAUGUGUCAGGGAUGAAAUUGUCACCUUCCAAACCUCGAUAUAUGCCAUCAGCCGUCUGCACCAAGACUGGAGUCAGGAGCGGGUCAAGUAUGCAGAAUUGCAGGCGAGUAACUGGAGGAGUUUGGUUGAUCAACUUGAAAGUAUGCCCUUACAAGAAUGA